GACAUACAGUGACGCGUCCUCCAACGCCUGUCCAGAACACAUUAUGCCACCAAAAGCUGACUGGGAGAAGUAUCAGAAGAAGGUAGACGAGAAGGAGGAGAAGAUUCAAGCGCUGGAUGACAGCGAUAUCCAAAUCCUCAAGACCUAUGGUCAAGGUCCUUAUGCAAUGAAACUCAAAAAGAUUGAGAAUGACAUUAAGGAGGUUCAAAAGCGUAUAGAUGAAAAGCUUGGUGUCAAGGAGUCGGACACUGGCCUUGCGUCACCAAACCUUUGGGAUCUCCCCGCAGACCGGCAGCGUAUGGGUGAAGAGCAUCCUCUUCAAGUGGCAAGAUGCACAAAGAUUAUCCCGGUAGACCCAAAGGCAGCAGAAGCAGCCCGUUCUCUGAACCCUGCGGGAGCUGCGCAAGGACAGAAGGGUGCUGACGAACAAGACAAAUAUGUCAUCAACAUCAAGCAAAUUGCAAAAUUUGUUGUGGGUUUGGGUGAACGUGUUGCUCCUACGGAUAUAGAAGAAGGCAUGCGUGUUGGUGUUGACCGAACCAAGUAUCAAAUACAGAUACCACUGCCCCCCAAGAUUGACGCCUCAGUAACAAUGAUGCAGGUUGAAGAAAAACCUGAUGUUACAUAUUCAGAUGUCGGUGGUUGCAAAGAGCAGAUAGAGAAACUACGUGAAGUUGUUGAAACACCGCUAUUAUCACCCGAACGCUUUGUGAAUCUUGGAAUCGACCCACCCAAGGGCGUUCUGUUAUAUGGCCCCCCUGGAACUGGUAAAACUCUGUGCGCCCGUGCUGUAGCGAACAGGACAGAUGCUACUUUCAUCCGUGUCAUCGGUUCAGAGUUGGUGCAGAAGUAUGUUGGCGAGGGUGCACGGAUGGUUCGCGAAUUGUUUGAAAUGGCCCGGAGUAAAAAGGCCUGCAUUAUAUUCUUCGAUGAAGUGGACGCUAUCGGAGGUGCUCGGUUUGAUGAUGGUGCUGGAGGCGAUAACGAAGUGCAACGCACAAUGUUGGAGCUUAUCAAUCAAUUGGAUGGUUUCGAUCCCAGAGGUAAUAUCAAAGUAUUGAUGGCAACAAACAGACCGGACACCUUGGACCCUGCACUUCUUCGACCAGGGCGAUUGGACAGACGAGUUGAAUUCUCGUUACCUGACAAUGAGGGUCGGGCUCAUAUCCUGCGGAUCCACGCACGAAGUAUGAGUGUCGAGCGAGAUAUUCGCUUUGACCUCAUUGCUCGACUAUGCCCAAAUACAACCGGAGCUGAGUUACGAUCGGUGGCAACAGAAGCUGGUAUGUUUGCAAUAAGAGCACGGCGAAAAGUCGCUUCAGAACGAGAUUUCUUGGAUGCUGUUGAGAAAGUGGUGCGGCAAGGAACGAAGUUCUCUAGCACAUUAGCGGAAGUGGCUCAGCUCCUUGCCAGUUUUGCAUCGCAUCCACCCUUACCUCUGACUUUAUUGACACUUUUGUCCUUUGGCCGUCCUUUAACUCCCGAAUCCGUGCUGAAAUCUGUAUCCUACGCUCUCUCAGAGAUACCACGCCGACUGGCUACCCGCGUUCGCAACCUCGAGGCCCUUCCGUUUAUCGUAGGCACAAACCCAUAUGUGGCGAAUACCUUGACUGCUUACAGACAAAGCUUCGAGUGGUUGGCAACAUAUCCGCCAGUCAAGACUUUAGAGGAGAACGCCGAGUUUACUGCACAGCUGGAGCAACUUGUUACAAGCCAUGCUAAUGACAUACCCACCAUGGCAAAGGGUUUUCAGGAAUGCUCUCGCUAUAUGUCCCCUACGCAAAUCAGUAGCUUCUUAGAUGGUGCAAUCCAUAAUCGCGUCUCUGUUCGGCUGAUUGCAGAACAACAUAUUGCCUUAUCUCAAGCACUUCAACGUUCAUCUGGACAUACAUCUCAUGAUGGGGUGGUUGAUAUGGCAUGCUCUCCUGCGAACAUGGUGAAAAUGUGUGGAACUUUCGUAAGCGAAUUAUGCGAGGCAACUCUCGGGGCUAGCCCAGUCAUCGUCAUUGAUGGACAUCCUGAAGCUAGGUUUGCUUAUGUCCCAGUUCAUCUAGAAUAUAUUAUCACAGAAAUCCUCAAAAACGCAUUCCGCGCUACAGUAGAGCAUCAUUACAAGACACACGGCCAUUCACCUGCUCAUAAGCUUCCUCCGGUCCAAGUCACUAUUUCCCCAGCUCCCAGCGCUUCCGGCAUUCCCUUUCUCUCCAUAAGGGUUCGAGACCAAGGAGGGGGGGUAUCACCCUCCAACAUGGCUCGAAUCUUCUCGUAUGCCUUUACUACAGCAGGAUAUAAUAGCGAACCUGAUGAUGGCGAUGGUGGGCCUUAUGCUGCUCAACAUGUGGGAGGAAGUGCCGCUAUAGGUGGUGGAGGUUCCGGCGAAGGUAACCUUUUUGGAGAGAUCACAAGUAGAGGACUGCAGACCGGGCUGGGAACCAUCGCAGGAUUGGGUUAUGGCCUCCCGAUGAGCCGGUUGUAUGCCAAAUAUUUUGGAGGCUCCCUUGAUCUCUUCUCUUUGGAUGGGUGGGGAAGCGACGUAUUUUUGAAAUUACGAUGCUUAGAUAAAGCUAGUAACGCAGAGAUAUAACAUGGUCUUGUGUUCUUAUUCGUAGAAUUUUAUAUGUGUUGCACCUGUUGCAGUUUUAAUCUGUUCUCGUGUCUUCAGGUUUUUUCCCUUCGGUUUACUUUCUGCUACGCUUGGUGUAUGAAGUACACAGUCAUGUAAUUUAUUUCUCGAUAAUUUCCGAGACUUCGCUCGUCGUAUCUAGAUAUCUGAUG